AUGUCCGUUGUGCUUUCUAUCUUAACCAGUGCUGCGGUUUCGCCUGUUGAGCGACAACGCGCCUUGGAUCGAAUUUACUCCGAUCCAGGUAUCCCCAGCGAUACCACAACUUCUUCAUUCUGGCUUCAAACCCCACAUCCAGAUUUCGCUCAGCCCUCCUCAAAACCCUUACCCACCGAGGCAGAUGUCGUGAUCAUUGGCUCUGGAGUCACCGGUGCGUCUAUCGCACGAACUUUACUCCAAAACCGCGCCAAGUCAUCGUCUACUUCCUCCCAUCCGGCUGUGGUCAUGCUGGAGGCGCGCGAUAUUUGCAGCGGUGCCACCGGACGUAAUGGCGGCCAUAUUCUUGAGACAGCCGAUGAGUACGCCGAGUUCGCGGAUGCGUUUGGCGAGGAGUCGGCCCGCAAGCUCUUACGCUUCCGGCUGGCCCAUCUGCGUGAGAUGUUGAGUGUUGCAGAAGAGUUGGGGCUGACGGAGGUGACCCAGGCAAGGAAAGUCCAAUUCCUAAGUGCUUACUUUGGUGAAGAGCCGUGGAAAGCUGCGGUAGAGAGACUGCGUCGUUUUAAGGAGGGCAUGCCAGAGGACUCGGCGGAAUGGACUUCGUAUGAGGGUAGCUCGAUUCCAGAGGAGUUCAAGCUAUCUCGGGCAACCGGUGUUGUUGCUGGCCCUGCUGGGGCCCUUUGGCCAUAUAAGUUCGUCACAGGUGUUCUCUCACGUCUUCUCUCUGCGUAUCCGGAGGAUUUGCACGUUGCAGAUCAUACUGCCGUCCAGGCCAUCCACUCCAACAACGGGCCAAGUCAACCUUACAAGAUUGAAACAUCUCGGGGAACCAUCUUUGCCAAGCACGUUAUUCAUUGCACCAACGCGCAUGUCAGCCAUCUAGUUCCCGGGCUCCGAGGCCGCGUCUUUCCCGUCCGUGGUCAAAUGUCAGCCCAGACACCCGGUGAAAAGUUCCCAUUCCAGGCUACGAAACACUCGUGGCUCUUCAACUAUGACCGUGGUUUUGACUAUUUGACCCAGCUACCCAGCGGCCAGAUGAUGUUUGGCGGUGGCUUUGCAAGCGGCGAAGGUGGCGGCGUCGCCGAUCUAGGUAUCUCCAAAGACAAUGAUAUGAGUGUCUACCUUGACAUUCACUUAUCUGGCGCUCUGAGUGCAGUCUUUGGCCACGAGUCUUGGGGUCCGGUGCAGGGCGACCCUAUUCAGGCCAUGUGGACUGGUAACAUGGCUUUUAGCACAGACGGAUUCCCCUGGGUGGGACGGCUACCCAGCUCUGCCACAGGUCGGCCUGAAUCAGCAAGUGGUAAAACAGGCUCGGAAUGGGUAUGUGCUGCCUUUGGUGGCGAGGGUAUGGUUCAAGCCUGGCUUUGCGGAAAAGCGUUGGCCACGAUGAUUCUCAAGCGUGACGAUCAGCUUGCCUCUACUGCAGACCCAGAUUUGAAUUGGUUCCCGGACCAGUUGCUGGUCUCGGAGAAGAGGAUUUCUGAGGCAGAAAUGCCGAGGACUAUGUCUGAUAAUCGGCGUCAAUCUAAUAUGUGAAUAGAUG